GCAAGAAAUUUUGCACAUUGGUUAGAAUUUAUAUAUAGAAGCAUACGAGCAUAUUGAGGGCCUCAGGCAGUUUCAGAAGUACAGUACCUUGCUUAGCUCCUGCUGUUCAAUUUGAAGGAGAAGGAAGAGUCAAAUAUGGCUUCUUCAAUGAUGGUCUCGUCCGCCACUGUGACGGUCGCCCGAACAACAGCUCCGGCUCAGUCGACCAUGGUGGCUCCCUACACCGGCUUGAAGUCCGCCGGCGCUCUGCCCACCGCACGUAGAACCGCCACAAAUCUCAACCACCUUCCGAGCAACGGCGGCAGAGCCCAGUGCAUGAAGGUGUGGCCUGUUGAAGGUGUGAAGAAAUUUGAGACGCUGUCUUACCUCCCUACACUUUCUCCCGAAGCUUUGCUCAAGCAGAUUGAUUAUCUUAUCCGUUCAGGAUGGAUUCCUUGCUUGGAAUUCGACAAGAUUGGCUUUGUGUACAGGGAGCACCAUAGGUCACCUGGAUACUAUGAUGGGCGGUACUGGACAAUGUGGAAGCUGCCUAUGUUCGGGUGCACAGAUGCAGUUCAAGUGGCAAAGGAGGUGGAAGAGUGCAGAAAGGAACAUCCUGAGAAAUUUAUUCGAAUUAUCGGAUUUGAUAAUGUACGUCAAGUGCAGUGCAUCAGUUUCAUUGCCUAUAAGCCUAAAGGCACAGAAUAUAUUAAUUGAGCAAUUCUGAAAGAGCAACUAAUGCUUGAGAUUAUUGUUCUAGUUUCCUAUUAUCCAUCGAUUUCUCCUUAUUUUUUUGGGAUGUAAGAACUUUUGUUUAUGUUGGUUUCCUAUGUUGCUUUAGUCCAUCUCUGUUUGUUUUUGUGAAUGGUGGGAACCAACAAGUGAUCAAGUCAUGUUGUAAUGUUGUUCACUGUCAUUGCAGUAUUGUUCUUCCUGAUUUAACACAAGUUAUGAGAAGUUAGUAUGAGUUUUAUUUCAUGCAA